AUGAGAAGCUGCUCGCGUCAUGCACUUGGUUGGCGACGGACUGCCACUUUGGUCUUUACUUGUUAUGGUAUUCACGUGCGUCGGGUGUCUCACAGCGGCGUAGACGGCCAACAACCAGGGCGACGCCCUCGUGUCGAUCAGGGUGGCAGUAUUGAACCCGGCGGCCGGACGGGCGAAACGACAGGAAUUAACGGGUUAUACGGGAAUCGGGCACAGAGCGCCAUUCGUGGCAUGUUAGGACCUCAGGGGCAGGCGGAUGCGCGGGAGUCCAAAGCGGUACCCAUACUUGGGAGGGCUACAGCUCGCGGUACCAAAUACACGUGCGAUAGGUCUACUGUAUUUGAGAAUUGGCGUCACAUUUGUCCAUCACCAGUGGGAUGGCAUCUUUCUAGGCUGGGCUGCGCCACUUGCAAGAUGCCGAAUGAUAUUAACGAGGCUGUGGAGUCGUUGCAGUUGCAGAUAAUCAAAGGGUGCAACGUUUUUGAACUUGACGGAAGCAUGUCUGACGUUCAUCAGAGUAUCGCUCGUGCCUUCUAUGAAGCCCUGCAAGCAUUCGAGCUCGAUCGUGAAGGUUUUGUUGUUGUUUGUCGUUGUGGUGUUAUUAAGCAGCAGCCAUUUCAGGAGGAAAUUACACAAGUGGAGUCCUCCAAUACUGCUGUGGUUCGAAAUCGUAUCGUCCCUAUCUUUGAGCGCUACAAGGCAUCUUCACUUCCCUCUAUGCAGCUGAAGUCUGGGUUCCGUAUAAGUGAGCUGAGCGAUGAACAACUAGCUCGCUUGAAUCUCCGCCGCGUGUCCAAGACUUCUGCAGCUGGACUUUCCCCGGAUUGGUUGGAAGCUUUCUUUACCAAUGUUGCCUACAACACAAAAAUAGAAUGUAUCGACGUUCUGUUACUGGACGGCUUCCACACAUUGUUUGACGGUAGGCCGGAUGCCCAUAUCGAUGAUGACAUUCUCCAACUUUUCGCCUAUCUGGAGAACCAGGUAAAGCUCGGCGUUUUGCAGUACUAUGGGAUUUCUUCACCUUAUCUUGCGCCUCACAUUCAUCGUGACUAUCCAACGCUUCCACCAGAUGCGAUGGUCCCUGAUUACAUUCGCAACCGCCAGCCCCCGCCUCAGGUAAUAAAUAUUUACCGUCUGAUGGAGCUUGCAAGACGUGCGGGUGGUGAUAAUCACCACCUACGGUUUUUGCAGUACCCCUUUAACUUAACCUUUUCGCAAGCUCUCAACAAGCCGCUACCAUAUGAUGGUAAUCACACGCUGCGCUCCCUCACAACAGCACUUGGAUUAAACACAUUGGGCCACAGUCCACUCGAGGCCACAGACUUGAUGGAGUUACCGCAGCGCUACCAUAAUUUCCCGAUGGAAGCAGACCUCAAGUCUCUUCGUAUGAACUUCUUCACCGUUUGCGAACGGUGUGUGCUAAAAGAGAUGGAAGUGAAGGAGUCAAUAGAAAAAGGACCAUCAACACUUCCACCACUGGAGCACCUCUUUGUGGCUAGUGUUUACCUGGCGGCUCAAAGACAGUUCACAAAUCUCUUUUUUUUCAGUAACUGGGCGACAUACUAUAUGAUACCGCGCUUUCGUCGUGCACUCAUGCGAUUUAAAGAGGCUUCAUCCGCCGAUCUUAAAGAGUGGUGCAAACAGUACGAACAACUUACCAACGAUAUGCUGCGGCUACGAAAGCGUAUGUUUGAGCAUAAAUGUGGUAAGAUGGCUCUGGAGAAGAAUGCGGCCAUUGACCGGAUGAGCCCGACUCUGGCAAUGUGCCCUAUGCUUAAUCAGAAAGCUAUCAACUUUGCCACCUACGGCGUUGACACCGUUCUGGCCGGGUUUCACGUUUCACGGUACUUUCAUGAAGCAACAGAGCUUAAUCCAGCAAGGAAUGGUGAACUACCUGUGCCGGAAGAUGAGAUUAUGGCUCUGUGCGAUUGCAUGGAGGUGUCUUUUGCAAAUUCUUGUCCACCUGACCCGUACAUGUUGGAGCCGGUCCUCACAGAGGGAAAGUUGUCAAAGCAGAAAAGCAAAUCCAUGGACUACAUGGUUAAGAUCGAUCCACAAAACCCGAAGUUCCCUGACAUCCCAGAGGAGGUGGAGGGUGGGGAUGACCGUGCCGGAAGCAGUGGCGGAAGUGGCCAAGUUUAA